AUGUCAGACACCAUCCUGCCUCUGCCUCCCGCACAACCCCCAGGAGAGGAGGGUGAGGAUGCCUGGGAAUCCGAGUGGCUCGGUUCCUUCUCCCCUCACACCCCCGGCUGUAUCGUGCCCACAAACAGAACUGCGGGACAGGCUCCUCAGGGGGAGGGGCAUUGCGGAGGACUGUCCAGCUCUGUUUCCCGGACCUUCUUCCAGGACCUGGGAGGAUGCCUUCUGAGAGGACAUGAGCGGGUCCUCUGCCCACCCACCCCCUUCACCAGCGUGCGCCUCUCUUCCCUAAAGAGACUUUGCAGUGAAACAGCACAUGAGUCAGUAAAGUAUGAUAAAACCCCUAAAGGUAUCAAAUUCCCAGGCCCGAGGCCAGAAACAUAUAAGAAGAAUCACGGCAAAGAUCCUCUCACUGGGAAAUUAACUAGAGCAGACAAAGCCGGCCCUUCUGAAGGAGGGCCCCUGGCUGAGCGCGUGCUUUCACCUCUGGUCACACCAUGGCCAGUUAGGGGCCGGCAGCUACAGUGUCACACCACACUCUGGCUAGUAGCUGCCACUCUGGGGGCCUCGCAAGCUACUAUUGUCAAAAAGUUCAACAGUUAUACGCAUAUUCACCGCGCCCCGCUGACUUCUCCCCCAGGACGCUCCUGUUGGUGCCAAGGUCCUUCCCUUUGGUCUGCCGCCAUGAUUGUGCUUCUCCUCCUAGGAAUGCUGAUGGCCCCACAUGGCGGGGGCCACCCUCUUGACACCCCACACCUUCCAAAUAAGCUGCCUCUGGGACUUUCAGAAAAUAUCAGUAUGACUUUCUUCAAUGGGAUGUUUAAAAAUGUGGAAGGUGUGGCUGAAAUUUUUGACUGCCUGGGCUCCCACUUCACCUGGCUGCAGGCCGUCUUCACCAACUUCCCCGCGCUGCUCCAGUUCGUGAAUGGUAUGAGGUGCGUGGCUGGGCUCUGCCCCAGGGACUUCGAAGACUACGGCUGUGCCUGCAGGUUUGAGAUGGAAGGGCUGCCUGUGGACCAGUCUGACAGCUGCUGCUUCCAGCAUCGCAGGUGCUACGAGGAGGCCGCUGAGAUGGGCUGUCUGCAAGACCCUGCCAAACUUAGCACAGAUGUCAACUGCGUCAGCAAGAGUAUCUCGUGUGAGUCCGGGGACACCUGUGAGCACCUGCUGUGUACAUGCGAUAAGGAUGCCAUAGAGUGCUUGGCUCAGUCCAGUGUCAACUCUUCCCUGAACCUUCUGGACACGUCCUUCUGUCUGGCUCAGCCCCCAGAGACAGCCAGCAAGGAGGAGCUGCUGACAGUCCUGCCCAGGGUGGUUCCUGCGGAGCCCACGGACUCCAGCCUGAUGGCCAUCUCGAGAGAAGUGGCAUCUGAGACCAGAGCUGACCAACUGAUCAUGCUCUCCAGGACAAAACCAGGUGGAGACCAGGAAGGCAUGGAAGACUCCAGGACCACACCUUCUCCAGGAUCUGCAGAAAUUGUUGCCACAGUGAAAGGUGUAACUGUCGUCCCCGCUGGCAUUAAAUCUUUGGGGAUGGCUGUAUCAUCCACCAAAAGCGGUCCCGAGAAGACAUCUGGAAAAGCCUGUGACAGGCUCACCUUCCUGCAUCCGGGAAGCGGGGACCACACGCGGGUGAGGCCACAGCUUGGAGAGAUGCUCUUCUGCCUGACAUCCCGGUGCCCCGAGGACUUUGAAUCCUAUGGCUGUUACUGUGGGCAGGAAGGACAAGGCGAGCCGAGGGACGCCCUGGACAGGUGCUGUCUGUCCCAUCACUGCUGCCUGGAGCAGGUGAGAAAGCUGGGCUGUCUGCUCGAGAGGCCUCCUCAGCUGCCGGUGCUGUGCGUGGACAGUACCCCCAAGUGUGUGGGGCGGAACCUGUGUGCGAAGCUGCUCUGCGCCUGUGACCAGUCAGCGGCCGGGUGCAUGGCCUCUGCCUUCUACAACCACAGCCUCCAGUCGGCAGGCAGACCCGAGUGCCGGGGCGACCGGCCGACCUGCGAGGGCGGCGGGCCCGCGGCUUCCGCCCCGGGCUCCAGCUCCGAGGAGGACAGCGAGGAGGCCCCGCCCCUCACGGGGGGCCUGAGAAGAACCAGAAGGUUCCUGGGGAAGCCGCUGGGUCUCGUGGGGCCCAGGCCGCCGUACGGCCCCAGAUAG